CACGGAUCAACCUAUACAAACUCUCCUGCGCCGUCCAUUCAGAGCCCGGUCCUGCCGUCCUCUCAUCUGCUGGGGGUCUCGGGCGCUUCAGGGACUUCAUCUAGCUGCAGUUGAUCUGUUAGCAUGCUGGCGUAAGACCGAGUUCUGUCUGAGAUCUGUGAAGUGCUGAAGGAUGAUGCCCUGGACGGGCGGUGCUCUACUCUUCCUCCUGUUGACUGUGGUCCGAACUGCAGUGUCCAGCAGAGAGCUGCAGUGCUCCAUGUGGCCUGUGGGGGCGCUGCAUCCAGUUCGGGCUCAACUGGAGCGCUUUGAGGCGGGACCGGGCUGUGCGGCCAGAGAGGGCGGAGCUAAAGAGACCCAUGUGAUUUCUGUGGGCAAAGCUUCUAACAAACAAGUAACGGUGGUGUUAAGACCCCUGGCCGUCUCUCAGCCCGUCAACCGGCCGGUGAUUCUGGUGCUGAGUUCCCAGCAUGCCGUGCACUGGGUGUUGGAAAACGAGGGACUGCCGCACAACAUCAACGUGCUGGUGCAGGUGUCUCCCAACUCCACGGCCGUCUCUUGGAGCUUGUCCAUCCGCGUGACCCAUGUUCCUUCUCUGCCCCGGCGGCCUCGAGUCCUGCUGCGCUGGAUCCUCCAGCGCCACGCCACCGUCUCGUCGCUCACGCACACCGUUCAGGCAAACCGUGUCUACCUCCGUCUGGGAGAGGAUGCAAGCAUGCCGAGCGAGUGCCGCCUGCGGUCUCCGUUUCUGUCCCAGAACUAUCUGGCCUCAGAGCUUCAGGAGCAGGAGGUUCACGGCUGCGUCCCGUCAGACCGGCCCGCGGAGACAGAGGUCCACGUCAUCCGUCUCUGGUCCUCGGGAUCAGGCCUGUGCGGCUCGCUGCAGGUGGAGGUGUCUGUCUCUCUGCUGCCUCCAGUGGCUGGUUCAGGCUAUCACAGGAUCGUCCUGAUCCUCAGCAGCGCCGUUCCGGUCAACUGGGCUCUGGUGGCUCCAGAGGUCAAAGGUCAUGUCAGGGUCUAUUCGUCCAACAGCGUGAGUCCGCCGUACCGAACCCAAGCUCCCAGCCUCAGCAUGACCAGCACCGUGACCUCUGACCUCCUCGGCACCCCCGACCUUCUGGAAUGGGCCGAUAAGAACGGCUUUCCCGAGCUGACGUCGUACACCGAGGCUGAUCUGGCCAAUCGCUUCGUCGUCAGGCUGACGGAAGGAGGGUCAGACACCGAACUGAGGUCUUCAGACGGGCGGCACGAUGACAUCAUGACAGGAAGGAGCAGAGAGGCGCUCAGCAGCCGCUGUGAGGGCGGAGCUCUUGCUGUUACCGUGGAUACACAGAUGCUACAGAUUUUUCCAGUGUCGGCAGUGACCCUGCGAGAUCACAGCUGCCGAGGUGAAUUUAACGGAAGCCAUUUCCUGUUGGUUUUCCCAGUCAUUUCCUGCCAGACGGAGGGAGAAAUGGACGGAGUGAAGGGAAGAGUUCAUUAUACAAACACAGUGUUCCUGUGGAAACAGAAACCAUCCGAGGGUUUGAACAACGAGACAAGCGGGGAGGUGUUGGACGAGACGAGCCUGAUAGCCAUUCAUAUCAGCUGUGAAUCGUCUCUGAUCCCUCCUGUGAGUCCGACCGGCGUGACUCCAUCCUCCAGGCCUGAGGAGGCGCUGCGCUUCAGCCCCUGGGUGCCGAGAGGCCCCGCCGCUCCGGUCCUGUCCAUGCAGCUGUUCGUCACCGAGGCCUACGAGAAGAGAGCCGUGGGGCCCUGCGUGAUCACCGCGUACGACCGCGUCUACGUGCAGAUCUCGGUGGCUUCUGGUGUUGCGGAGGCCGUGGAGCUCCAGUCAUGUUUCGUCUCUCCUCUCUCAGAUCCGCAAGCUCACAGCGGCUGGUCCGUCAUCACAGACUCCUGCCCAUCUGACCCGUCCUUCAAACUGAGCCACAGAGAAACCCGGGAAUCCACAGACAGCACAGGACAUGAUGAAGACGAGGAAGAGGAGAAGACAGACAGGAAAGAUGACAGAACACUGUCGCAGCCGCUCUUUCGCUGGAGACACAUGGCGCGACAGAAUAAAGACAAGACAAGACCCGACAGACUCGGACCGAGGAGACUUGAGGAACGCAGACAGAAGAGACAGGAGGACGAUCGCGAGAGCGCAAACACGCUGAGGUUCAGUUUCGUCCUGCGCCCCGUCUUUAAUAACUCCAUCCAGUUCCUGCACUGCCGUCUGCGUCUGUGUGCAUCAGAAGAGGGGCCCUCGGGGGCCGCCGCUGGGAUCUGCAGAGAUGGGCCUCUGAUUCCUGCUCUCACACGCGCAACCGCUUCUCAACAGUGUGAGGACAGAAAUCUCUCUCGGCCGGCGUUGGUCACGUAUCCUGCUGGGUUUUUGGCUCCCCCUGCUGGCAAACUCGCUCAGAAGCCGGCUGAGAUGUCGAAGCAGACUCCUGCGCACAGCGAAACGGAAGAGGGUCCAGUGUUCGUGGUCGUGUUCUUUGCGUUUGUGAUGGGUUUGUGUCUGAUGGGGGCGCUGUGGUGUGUUUACAGUCAUACAGGGAGGCGUGAUACGAGCCAGCGAGACGGUAUUAUAGAGAGCACUCUACAGGACAUCGGAUCCAGAAACCCACCGACGCCGAUGGAGCAAACCAGCUGUUUCCACGAGGAGGACUAAACCACUGUCGAAAUCAAAACAUGACACACACGAACAAACUCCAUGUGCUUUUUGCGUGUACCGCUGUUUUGAGGUGCUUACUGACGUAUUUCACUUGCUGCUUUUUUUACGCCUUUUAAAUAUUCUGCGUUGUAGCACAUAGGCCUUCGGCUUUUAGCAAUUCCAAGCUUGCAGAACUUGACAUUACAGACAUACUUGCACUUUGACCAAGAGACUACUGUUGCAUUGCGUGUUUAUUAUUAAACGUCAGAUCAUUUACAUAGAGUGAUUACCGUUCAUUAAAUGUUCUGACGGCCAAUCACAACGAGCCUGGAAGCUAUAAUUCUGCCAUGUAACCUGCUGUGUGUGUUAACAUGCUUCAAAAUACAAUCGAGUUAGAUAUACAUAAGCAAACAAGUUUGUUCGGGUGCAAGCAUCUGUCGGAAACAUCGCAUACUGGGCUUUUUGGGUGAAUUAUAAG